AUGGAAGCUGAAACAUGUACCUGCAGUACCUGCAUCAUUUCAAGUCAUUUGAAGUGCGCCUGGUUCAUCUCCUUGGCACAUAUUGUCAUCGGAAUGUUGUUGUUCGUACUUGGAAUCUUAGAUCGACUCUACCACGAGUAUUGGAUAGAGCAAUUGUACGUUGCAGUCUUUUGUGGAGUUGUGGUAGGUUCGUACUUGCCAAAUAAUAAAGCUUAGACUUAAGCUUACAUAUUUCAGAUAUUUCCGUUUACAGCUAUACGGCUACCUUAUAUAACUCUCACUUAAUUUCGCAAUUUCGCGAGUAUAAAAUUUAGCAAUUAAUUGUUAGAUGGGGCUGUGAUCUGAAGUGUAAUAGGCCUCGGCAGAUAAACACCUAGAUCUCCAACUUCAUUCUUUAGGAUUCAUACUCAGCCUCAUCCCCCGGAAGGGGGCGAGGAGUGAGGGGGGGGGUACUCGCUUUGAUGGCCUAUACGGAGAGGCUCCGCCCGAAAGGAGUACCUUUUUCAGGCUUCAGGGGCCCGUUUCUCGAAAGUCCCGAUAAUUAACAGGCCCGUAAAGCUGUUGUUGUUUACAUGCAAGAUAGAAGUUUCAAUAGUUUUGCAUCCAACAUGAUAAAACUAUGAGUUAAUGAAACAAAAUGGAGCAGUUUGUUAGCCAGGACCAGCGCUCUUAUAUACCUGCCAACUUUUUCUGAGAUAUAAGCAUGAGAUUUUUAUCCUGGGAGUGCUGGGAUUUUUGAAGACGACACGAUCAUUUCCGAAGACUCCUGAAGAAGUCCGAAGUCUUCCGAAGAAGUCCGAAGUCCUCCGGAGACGUCCGAAGACGUCCGAAGUCUUAGGACGCGCAUAAACGCGAGCUCGCUGUCAGUUCUUUUCACUUCAAAAAUCAGAGAUCGCGAGGAAGGUAUUGUCAUUUAUUCAUUUUACACAUGGUUUUCGUUCCUUACAUGGGUCUGAGUUAACAUAUUUUUGGAAAUUGUAACAAGCAAGAUGGCAACAACUCACAUUUUUCAAUCAGGCGUGAGAAAUUGGCCCGCAAGUGUGAGCCGGCAUGAGAUAGAAGUUUUCAACCUGCAGGCGUGAGAGUUGGCAGGUAUACUGUUAUUCUUUGUAUUUUGAUUUGAAAAUUUGAUUUCAGGCCCGUAAAGUUACCGGGACUUUCGAGAAACGGACCCCAGGUAUAUGAAAGGAGAGGGAUUUCACUAGUUGAACUUUAUAAAAGGGUAGAUAAAUCUACCAUUUGGGUCUGUACUAGGGCCCACAAGGGCUAAAAGAUGAAUUUUAUGGCUUUAAAAAGUCGAGAAAACGUUCUAUUUUUGUGAUUAGUUCUUAUUUAAAAGACAGUGCAUUUACAGCAGUUAAAAUGGAUGCAAAGUUCUUAACAAGAUAUGUGAAACGAGUGCCAUUUAUCAAUAGAGGAUAUACAAAAGGGGUACCUUUUUCGUGAAAAAUGGAAUAUAAAAGGGUAAGAGGUUGGACCUCGGGGCACCCGGGGGCCUCAUCCAAUAAUUGCUGUCCGUAAUCCGGAUUCUGUAAUCUGGUAAAGUUUUGUUUCUGAAAUCCGGAAUCCAGGAAGUUUCUCUUGUGGAAUCUGGAAUCUUGCCUUAGGACUCUGGAAUACAGCAUUAGAUACCAAAUAAAUGAUUGGAAUCCGGAAUCCAGUUCCUUGGAAUGCCGGAAUCCACAUCAUGGAAUCAAGAAUUCAAGACUGUCUUGCAUUUCCUUACAUGGGGAGACCCCAAGGUGACAGCAUGUAUAACCCCAGGGGGGUGGGGUUACUCCCUACCAUGGCUUAUUUCAGGAGGUGCCCCUUUCAUUCUUCAGGUAUAUUACUACAUAAAGGGUAUGGAAAUCUGUCUUUUUUUUUUGUCUGUAAAAUGCAUUUUAUGGCUGUGAAAAAGGUGAGAAAAUGUUCUGGUUUUGUGAUUUAUUGAUGUUUAAAAGCCAGUGCAUUUUGUGCCCUUAAAAGGCAAUGAAAUGAAAGUUUUAAUCUACAUACAACUCAUGACCGUUAGAACUUGGGUCAGUUGAAGUGCUUGGUGCGAAGCCUCUGCUUACAAAACUUUAUUGAGUACCUCAAGAUCCUGGGGUAUAAGCGCUGUGCAGAAUUUUAAACUGUAGGACUUCUCUCGGUUAUACGCAGUGUCAUACAUCAACACAGGCUCACAGAUUUGAAUGUAAAUUUUUCAAUAACAGUCAAGGGUGUCAUGCAUUGUGCUUAUUUGAACAUCUCAAGUUUUUUUAGGUAUCUGCAUUUAGAGUGAAGGAGGAACUAGGUACAAAGCAAAUAAAUAGGUUAUCAUUCUAAACCCUUGAUUACUAACCCACCAAAAUCAUCUCUCACUCUUACAAUCUCUUCAUCCUGGCUGAGACAUACAUGUAAGGCUACAGUGAAACAUCACCAAUCAAUAAGGCCAAUCCUUCUCUGUCUUUUCUUAAUGAAUCCUUAAUCAUAAACAUUUUUUUUACAGAUGUGCAUUACAGGAGGUCUGGGAAUUCUAGCUAGAAAGAAUGCGAGAGAUAUGACAUGCUGUAGCCGCAAGAGCUUGGUAGGUUGACAAAUAAAAACAUACUGUAAAAUUUAGGUCCAUUAAGAUGGUACGAUUUUUGCUUACGAAAUCCAAGAGAUUCAAACUUUUAAAUCGUUGACUCACUGACACUUAUCAGGGGCAGAUCUAGGGGGAGGGUGCAGGGGGUGUGCACCCCCCCCCCUGAGAUGACCUGUGGUUUGCUAAUACAACUGGUAUUCUGCAAAAAAAAAACUAUGUGGUUUAUUGGUGUUGAAGAGAGCAAGAGACGAGGGUACCCCCUCCUAAAAAAAAUCCUCGAUCCGCCCCUGCUUAUUUCUUACGUCCAAAUGUCAGUGACUGUCAACAACCGUCCUAAUUUUAGGACUAGACUCACCAGGAUAAUAAUGCUCCACCUACUUAAUCUAUUUCCAGGCUGGAACAUUCUUAAGCUUUGUCAUUUUCUCAAGUGUGUUUGGUGGUGUAGUCUUUGUUAGCUAUGGCUUUGCCACUGCAAUCCGAUGGGGUACUGGUGAUGGAGGUAAUUACGAAAUCUGUGAUGCACUUUGUAAAUCACAAAAUGCUAUUGGAUUUAGCAUCCCGAUACUCGGCCUUUUUGGGUGUAUUAUUGGAUGUGCAGGAUGCUGCUGUGUUACGACAUCUUCUGGUCAGGUAAUAAAAAGAAUGUUAAAACUAGUGUGUGCAAUUUCCCAGAAUAUUUGUAUUUUUUUUCUGUAGCUUGGAUAAUAUCCCUGCAAUUUAUAGUCUCAACAUUUAAUUUAAGUAAAAGUAAUGAGUAACUUGUUCUUUUUCUGUAAUAAAAUAUAAAAAAGCGUGUCAUAUUUUUUUACCAGGCUGAACUAAUUUCAAGCUCUCCCAACGUUUCUGGUGGUCACCCCCAGACUGCGUCUAUGCCUCCUCAAAGUAUUGCCCAGGAAACCCGCCUGCCUCCAACCUAUGGUGUUGACACCCAACAUGGUUCCCAGGAUCCUGAUCUCCUACUUGUCCCCUUGGCGACGACUCCAGUACCUCCUCAGGAAACUGGCCGGCCUCCACCUUAUACCGGUGACACCCAAACUUGUUCCCAGGGUCCUGAUCUCUUGCUCGUUCCGUUAGAGGCUACUCCGAUCCCUCCUCAGGAAAUUGACCCACCUCCACCUUAUCAUCAAAUUUCCACGACUGAAUCUGUCAUAAGGAGCUCGCAUGAUGGAGAUCAACCUCCUCCCUAUAGUAUGUGUACAGAACAACAAGUAAGAGUAAAAUAUUUCGUGUCAUUGUUCAGGAAGCGUAUAAAUACUCUACCAUGUCAAGUGGACUUGCUCACUAAAUUCGGGACUUUUUAUUUAAAACCAAUUGCACACUUUUUCCUAAUUAGUUUUCUUAUCAUUUUAUCAGAUUUUAUAUAGUUCUUCCACAAUUAAGGUUAAUUAUAAAGCCUUAACCAUUCUUGUAGAUCGCAAAAAAAAAAAAUCUUGAAAAGCGGUUUAAAUCGAGCCAGCUUACAUUUCCAGGAGGUAAAAUGCGGCUCUGAGGUCUUUUAAUUCAUACUGUGUCAAACUCUUUUGAUUCAGUUGCUAAAUCUUACUAAUGUAUUUUUUCCUUUUUCUAGCAUCCUGUAAUGACUUACGUGUGAAGUUGGAGUCUCCAGUUCUUACUAACAAUUAAUCUUCAUCAUCUACUAAUGUAACGUUCCGGCAAACUUUCUCAUGCCACUCUUGGCGCGCUAAUUGAUGAAAAUCUAAAGCCCCUGCAAAUGGACGCACCGUUGUAGACCAACAACUCCCAACGUUGUUGGAUGUUAUAUGUUGCGUCCGUUUGCACACCCUGUUGCGUGUUGCUGGGAGUCAUUAUGUCGUGCAAAGUUUGAAACCGGUCAAACCUUUAUCCCCGUGCUAACAAACGCCACGAUACUACAAUGUAUAUCAAAUGACUUGGGGUAACAAAACCUUGAAACCAAACAUCUCAUUCAUAAGGCAGUGAUGGUGCGUAGCCUUGCGCCUGAUUACCUGUCUCUAAAAUUUAUACGACGACGCAGCAAAAUAUUUAAAUCCUAUAAGCUUGCUGUCCCCUUGCCACGGACUCAUUCCUAUAGAAAUAGCUUCUGCUAAAGCGCGGCUGUUCUGUGGAACAACUUUCCCUCUGAUGUAACACAAGCAAAAUCUUUUGCUAGCUUUCGGCAGCAGGCCUUGUUGUAUAAUAGUAGG